AUGUUUCAUCUCAAAACAUCUAUGAUUCCCUUCCUCCUCCUUCUAUUCCUCAACCAUGUUGAAUCACAAACAUCCAUGCAACCUCUUCCAACAGACAUCUCUCAUCAUAAAUGGGAGCCUUCCUUUGCAAUCACAGUAGGUUCCAUACUUUGUCUACUCCUUUUCUUAGGAAUCAUCUUUUUCUACAUCAGAAACUGUGUUGAGUCACACAUCAUCAUCACAAGAACAAACCACGCCGCUGAUUGUCCUUGUUCAUGUUCUCAUGGUAUCAACAAAGAACUCCUCAACACUUUCCCUAUCCUCUUUUACUCAGCUAUCAAGGAUCUUAAAACAGAUAAAGGACCAUUGGAAUGCGCUGUUUGUUUAACAGAUUUCAAAGGAAAUGAUACCUUGAGAUUACUUCCUAAAUGCAACCAUGUUUUUCACCCUCAAUGCAUUGACUCAUGGCUAGCUUCGCAUGUCACAUGUCCUGUUUGUCGCGCAAAUCUUAACCAAGAUUCUUGUCAGGUUUCUAUCCCAAUUAUCAUUCCAACCCAUUUCAAUAAUGACCAUAUGUGUGAAGAAAGUUCUCAAACCGAAACCGAACCCGAACCAGAACGAGAAAUCACUUUCAAUAAUGCUUCCAAUGACCCAAACCCAAACCAAAUCGGAGAAAGUAUCAAUUCUUGUGACGCGCAUGCAUCAAAACCGAAGCUUUUGAGGUCGAAUUCAACUGGCCAUUCUUUGGAUGAACAAGGGAAGUGUGAGGAGAAGUACACACUGAUGUUACCAGAGGAUGUAAGGAGGUACAUUUUGGUUAACCAUGGAAAAAGCUGCCAGCUUUCUAUGAACGAUGAGGCCAAGGUUGAGAGGUGGGUUUGGUGUGCACGACGUGGUUGA